CCCUUAAAGUCCAAACGGAAGACUGCAGUGAGAGCGGUGCAGGGACAGCCACCUAUUAGUUAGUGGGAAUAGUAUUAUCAUUUGCUACAUAUAUUGUGACAUACCCUGUGCCACCGUGAACAGCUCCCUUGACCUUGUGCGGCUCCUCCUCCCUCGCUGUCUGUCUCCCGCUGGAAUUUCCCGGAAAGAUCACCGAGAAAGACAGGACGGACUCCAAUGUGAGAAUGGCUGUGACUUUGGAAGAAGCUCCGUGGCUGGGCUGGAUCUUGGUGAAAGCCCUGAUGAGAUUUGCCUUCAUGGUCGCCAACAACCUGGUUGCUAUUCCAUCCUACAUCUGCUAUGUAAUUAUGCUUCAGCCCCUUCGAGUGCUGGACAGUAAGCGGUUCUGGUACAUUGAAGGAAUCAUGUAUAAAUGGCUUUUAGGAAUGGUGGCUUCUUGGGGAUGGUAUGCGGGAUAUACAGUGAUGGAAUGGGGGGAAGAUAUUAAAGCAAUUUCAAAAGAUGAAGCCGUUAUGUUGGUGAAUCAUCAGGCAACAGGAGAUGUGUGUACUCUGAUGAUGUGCCUCCAGGACAAAGGACUGGUUGUUGCCCAAAUUAUGUGGUUGAUGGAUCAUAUUUUUAAGUACACAAACUUUGGAAUUGUUUCUCUAAUUCAUGGAGACUUCUUUAUAAGACAGGGAAAAUCUCAUCGUGACCAACAGCUGGUUUUUCUCAAGAAGCACCUGGAAAAUAAUUACAGGAGCAGAGGUCGAAAAUGGAUUGUUUUGUUCCCAGAAGGGGGCUUCCUCAGGAAAAGGCGAGAAACAAGUCAGACGUUUGCCAAGAAAAACAACUUGCCAUUUCUUACACAUGUCACUCUGCCAAGGAUUGGGGCAACAAAAAUUAUUUUGAGUGCACUUGUAGCCCGACAGGAAAAUGGAAGUCCAGCAGGAGGAGAUACUAAAGAAUUAGAUAGCAAAUCAAAAGGCCUCCAGUGGGUAAUAGAUACAACCAUAGCUUACCCCAAAGCUGAACCCAUGGAUAUUCAAACCUGGAUCCUUGGAUACAGAAAACCAACGGUCACACAUGUACAUUACAGGGUCUUUCCAGUUAAAGAUGUGCCCCUGGAGACUGAUGACCUUACCGACUGGCUCUAUCAGCGUUUUACUGAGAAAGAGGACCUCUUAUCGCAUUUUUAUGAAACAGGGGCUUUUCCACCUCUCAAGGGCCAUAAAGAAGCUGUUUCCAGGGAGAUGACCCUCAGCAAUAUGUGGAUAUUUCUCAUACACUCUGUUACGUUUUUGUCAGGCUAUAUGUGGUACAACAUCAUUCAGUAUUUUUACCAUUGCCUGUUUUAGGAAUUGACUUGGACUUGUCAAAGUCACCAUAGGAGUUCAGACUUUCAUAAGCGUGCAUUAUUUUACAUGUGCAAAUCAGAAUAUUUAAAAAAAGCAAAAGAAAUUCAAUGGAUGGAUUAAUAUUUGUCCCCCUUUGGGAUAUUUUAAAACUCUACUAAAAUGAGGAUCAGUAAUAUAAUGACCUGCUAAUAUAUUUUAAGGACUCUUCGGGUUUUAAAAAGAUACGCUCUACCACACAUUUAGGCAAACAUCACAUUUGGAGAAGAGGAAAUCAUAAAAUCAUCCUAGAAGACUGUCUGAAAGAGAUUCUGUUGCCACCAGGUAUACUUGAUAAUCUAGUUCAAGCUCAGAAAGCUGUCUUCGUUCCUCUUAGCUAGUAGUCUCUAUUAGCGCAGGGCUGACGAGUGCCCUCGUUCUAACUCCUGCUGUGUUACUAGUAACCUUGAGGGGAGCUGGUUGGCACAUUCUGAAGAACUAUUUCCCCGAGGCUUGCAGUGACGCUCUGGUCCUCAACAGCUAAGUGAGGUUCAGUGUCAGGCAGGCUCUGGGGGAGGGGGAGCAGUGUCCACUGGACACAUCCUGGUACUAGAGUGUGUCCUUGAAAAAGGCUGGCUCAGUCCCACACCGUGUUUACAUGCACGAGUGCUUUCCCUUGUAGGAGGGGGUCACUUGAUUUUUCUUUUUGUAUAAAAGGCAUAUCGUAGAUGGAUAAUUGUCUUUUACAAAAUGCACUUUUAUCAGAUAUUGCAAAGGAUUAGUAAUAUAGCCUGAAAACAAAUGUAAGUGUGAUCAGUGAGUGGGACUCUUGAGAGGCUGUCUUGUCUCUGCACGUGUGCCUGUGCACUGAUGCUCUCCAGUGCCACGCUGCCCUGGGUGCCACACUGAUGGCAGGCCUCUACCUGUGGCUCAGAGGCAUUUUUUUUCCAUUUUGGCAUAUUAGCACCAAGUGUAUUUGGGGAUGAUUGAAACAAACUAAUGUACAACAUUUAAGUGAUCAAUUUAAGGUCAAAUAGGCUUAGAAAGAUAAGAGCCAGAGGCAGACACUGGCUUAGAACAGUGACAAGUUCUCACAUGGCGCCCCCAGACCCCCUGUUCCAGCAUCACAUCAAGUUGCUGCCCGUGUCAAGGUGGUGUAACUAGAAGACAGACCAGCGAGGAAAGGCUUCCCAGUCUCUUCCAGUUGCUCCUGAAGAGGAUAAAGUUAAGUGUCUAUUUCUAGAAAACAUUUUUUUGUUUUUGUUUUUGUCACUCUGUUCUUGUGGUUUACCUCAUAGGAGAACCAAACUCUUCUUAGAAAGUGCUGGCGCUGCCUCCGUCCGUCUCCUGCACUCCCGCUGUAGAGUCAGAGUGUGUUUUCUGGUUUGGGAUUGCAAGACUAUUAAGAUCCUAGUAAGUCAGUGAUAGUUUCCUGUCAUGUGAGCAGCGUAGGUUCCCCUGUUGCUGCUAAUCGUACAAAUGACAGUUUUGAGAAGUAGGACAGAAAAUAAAAAUAAAGGCUAACGUUUUCAUUUUUAAAUAAACCAAAAAAACUAAAAAGAUGUGAGUUUUCUCCCAGUUAUGUGGGAAAGGUAAAGCAACACCAAAUAAAAGCCCACCGCAGCUUCAUCUUUAGGUUAACUCAGUGCAUAUGAGAAAGAGAAUGAAGCGUUAACUGAAAUACCUCAUAGCGUGUUACACGAGCUCUGGUAAAACGCGGAGGACAGUGUUAAUAUGUUUGGUUUUGUAAUGGUUGUUAUAAGAUGCAAUGUUUUUUGAAACCUAAGCAUGUCCUUAUGUAUUUUGUGGUGACAGUGAGUGGGUGAAACCAAUCUCCAUUUAGAGGUAUGGAUGAUGAUAGGAGGCCAAAUAGAAGCUUAAAGAUGCUUCUGUUUGAGGCCCAGCAAACUGCUAGAUUACAGGAUGAAUUGAAAUUAUUCAUUUGAGAGAUUAUUCAGCCAUCUGGGGGAUAAGUUGCUCAUUGUCAGGUAUGGCACGCACAGUUCUGGCUAAUAGACCUUUUUCUCAUUGCUAAAGCAAGUCAGAGGGAGAGCGGCCGGCUCUCCUAUCAAAAAAGAGAAACGCAUACGUAAAUGUGACCUAGGGCCACUCUCACCAUCACUGUGCUCCAAAGGAAUAUAAUAGUGUUUAAUGUACUGGACACAUUACACAAAUUAUUCUGUGUGAUGCUUUACUUUUAGCGCAGACUUAUUUCAGCAGUCUCCACAGUGACAUACCAAUAGAUGUGUGAGUUAAUUUCUGAAAAUAGACCUGUGAGUUGUAAAUAGAUGUGUAUUUGAUCUGCCCUAUCCCUCUUUGAUUCUUUAUCAACAUGUUCUCUUUCUUCUGUUUGCAAAAUACGAUUGUUUGAGAGCAUUGAUAGUGCUUUCCUUAUCAGUAACUGGAGUUCUCCUGCCUGUGUUCGAAAGGUCAAGAGAGAAUCAGUGUUCUCAUAUGGCAGUCAGGGAAGCAGCAAUGUGCCACUGUACAGAACUGAAUAAGAAUUCCUAAUCUGUAUUUUCUUUGCAAAGUGAGAUGAAAGGAGUUUUGAAGAAUAUACAUUUUGUCAAGGAGAAAGGAAAUAAAACGUUGCCAGUUUUAUACCAGUAGCUUGUAAAAUCUCAGCACUUUUUGGUCUCAGCCGAUCUGCCUAGAUUCCCACAGGUUGAGAACUCGCUGCUGGAUGCUGGUCUCAGCGAGUCACAGUGAUGGAGCAUCCGCUUGGCCACGCGCAGGGGCGGCGGCUACAGAAGUGACCACCCCAGCAGUUCGCUCUUAACUUCAGAAACUGUUAUUGUUGUUGAAAUAUACAGAUAUUGUGGAGAAACCUCUAUGCCAAUGGAAGGUAAAGAAUAGUCACAGAAUGGAAAAUGAUGUUCUGGGUGGGCAAACAAAUUAGUUGACUCUAAAUAGUAGAUUUUUUAAAAAAUAUGUAGCUAUGAGUUCAGAGCUGUCAUAUUAUUAAGUAGUUGUUAAUAUUACAACCAACUCUUAAUUUUCCACAGUAAAGGAACUAGAGAUUACUGGAUAAUUAAUCCAGUAAUAAGUCAUAGUAAGCCAAAAAAUCGAAUUGUGUUUAGGAAUUUGAGUUUUUGUUCUCAUCAAACUUUUUUUUUCUUCUAGGGUUGCUUACUAAUUAAAAAAAAUGAUUUGAGUUGUUUGUUAGUUUCUCUUGCCUGUAUAUUUAUGAUUAUGUUAAUGAGUAAUGAAGAGUUGGAAAGACAGACAGCUUCAGGAAGAGGAAACACGGACACCUAAAUAAUCCGUAGGCCAGGAAAGGAAUAGGUAGUGGUAUUGCAGUUGUUCUCAAGCCUUUUUAUGAAAAUGAAAAGUUAGAUCACCAAAUGCAAAUGUCAGAAGGUCACUCUGGUGUUGAUACCAUGUGAUUGAUGUUAAGAAGGCCGCUCCAUUCUUUGCUCGUGUCACUCACUUCAUGUGGGUUUGUCUAGUAACGUUCUUUUGACAAUCACUUCCCUAAAGACUCUUCUGAAGUGGGACCUGGUUAUCAUCAUAGGAAGUAGUCUUUAAUCAUGGAUAGUCUAAUUGGAUUCUUUUUAUAUUUAAGAAAAUUGUAUUUGCACUGCUGAGUAGGAAGAGUUAAUUCUUUUCAUCAUGACACAGGACUUCACUCCAGAGUUACUAGUACAAGCAUGUCGGCUCUGGUCCACGAAGGAUGGAUAAAAGUGGUUCGUGUUAUUUUUUGCCAUGUAGUGCUGUGAACCUUACAUCUGUUCACAUUGCAAGGCAAAGUCAAAAGCAGCACUGGGCAGCAGGUGUACUGGUUCAUUUUAUAAGGGGUAGAUAGAGGCUAAUAUGUUUGGGACCAAAACUACCUAAAUUAGAUAUUUCUAGAUCACAAAAGGGCCGGGUGUUCUCUGGAGCAGUAGCAAUGACUACUGGUUGGUGCUCUAUUGUAAUCAUUUUGCUUUGAUCCCCAGCAAUUAGGAACUGGGCCCUGUGAAUAAGCUGAGGGUGCUGAACUGUUGGGGGAGGGUGACUCUAGCCAUAUGGAAGAUAAAAUGUGGGUUUUUCUGCAAAAUUUCCAUUUGAGGAUUUUUACAUUUAAUAUUUUUUUAAAACAGUUGAAAGAGCAAAAAAAAAUUUUUAAGUGUAUUCUAGUUGCAAAAUAUGCACACAUAUUUUGAAUGGCUUUAUUUUUAUUGUGUAAAACUAUUGAAGACAUGACUGUGAUGCACAAAUUCUUCCAUGUAAGGAGUCUAUGCAUUUUACAGUAACUUAUUUCAUGACCGGGUAAUGAAACAGUUAUACCUGGAGCCGCCAUCGUCGUAUUAAGUGCUUUCAUUUUCUUUACAGUUAUUACAAAGUUGUAUUUAUUUUAUACAAUGCCGUAAUGUUUAUUCAGCUUGUUGGCCUGUCUUUCUUUCUCUGUGUAUCUGCAUGUUGUAAUGUAUGAUGAGAGUGAAUGUAAAGGCUGUGGCAACUGUCAUUAAUUUUUGUAAAGGGCUGGUCACAUGUGGAUCUGGUUUAUGAAUGCAUUUGGGAUUAUUUUAGUAACCAGAUCACCUUUUCAGAAAUUUAGAUGUGAACACCAAAAGAAGCAUUUUCUUGACAAAAAUUAAUAGCUGGUUCUAUUUUUUUUUAACCUAGAAAAAAUAAAGUUGAUUUUUUUUCAAGUAAAGUGCUUUUAAUUCUUAGUAGUGGGGAGGGAGUGUUUGUGUUUUACUGAAGGUGUUUGGGCAUUAACGUCUGUGGGCGUGUACUUAGAGCACACCAUGGCAGCUGGAUGCUGAGGGUAAACUGAAAAACCAAAUGAAAAAACACCGUACUUUCUUCUGUGGCUUUAAAGUACCCCUCCCCCGGCCCCACCCCAUUUUUCGCAUCCAGAGGUGUACUGAUAAAUGUUUAACAGUCUUCUCUCUUGGAAUAAAAAUUAUAUGUACAAUUGUACAUAAGUUUGUUAUAAGUUUUGCUGAUAGCAAGGAUAUAUAACACAAUUGACAAAUAAUAAUAAUAAAACAUGCUUUCUUGUAAAUUCCAUAUAGCCAAUUGAUUCUCCCAAGAUGUUUUAAUUGAUUUUUGCUGAACUCUUGUAGCCAACCUAUGACUGCAAUUCAACCAUGACUUGAAAAAUGGAAUUACAUCCUAAUCCACUUAUUUCUCAAAUAUAUUGUCAUUCUGUCUGGUAUGUGAUCUGUUAAACUAUUUCUUAUCCUUGCACAAAUUAUACUCAUUAAAGUGAACCACUUUUAGCUUCAGCACCAAUUGUAAGCUUAUAUAAUUUAAUUUAAAUAACAGCUGUUUAACAACUGCUGGCGAAAUUGAACCAUCGACUCUUGGGAGCCAGUAGGCGCUGUCUCCAGCACACCACUGCCCCGUCGUAUUUUGUGAGGUUUUUUUAAACCGUUAGUGUUGAAUAGACUUCUCACAGUUUAUACUCUGCUCUCAGGAAAUUCCCAUCACUGACCCUUGCGGGGGGCUUUAGAGAUUGAGAAAGCAUUAGCAUCAGUCCUACAGAGCGUGCUUUCAAUUUGAAGAAUUUGACAAAAGCAAACUUUUCCUGAAGUACGUGGGAAGCUUGCAUAUUUCUAAAGUUGGUUCUGUGAUUUCAUUGCUCAAAGCUAAGUAAACUGAUAGAGCCAUCUCUAAGAUUUUGUUUUGAGCAUUUAAAACAUUUAUUGUUUAGAUAUUUGUUUGAAGAAUGUAUUUGAUCCCACUGAAAGAAUUCAAAUGUAUUAAAAUAUCUUAUACAAUCUGCCGAAUAAGUUAAAUGGUUAAGGUUCAGUCUACCUCUUCUUUUUGUGUCUGGAUUUAGGCUGCCGUCUUGGUGAGUUGUAAUUUUUCCCCCUUGAAGUGGUUUCUGUGGAAGACAAAGAACAAAUUGGAAGCAGAGGCCUGAAAGCACAUUGGAGGCGCUCAGAGAUCUAGUGCUGACCAGCCCUAUUCCUCAUGAGCUGGGGAAAAAAAGCCAUUGUUUUAAAUUUCCACUUAAUAUGAAAAUGCUUGUUUUUAAAAUGUUUCUUCCUGCUGAAAACAUGUAUUUUUAAAAGGAAAAAAAUUCCUCUUUUGGCUGUAAGAAAAAGUUAGCUAUAUGAGCAGGUGUGACCAUAUCACAAUAUGCUGAUAUGAUAGAAAUCAAUAAAUUUUUACCUCUCAGGA